GAAAAGUGAACGUUUCACGAGUCAACAGCAACGUCUUUCGAGAAGUUAUAGGCCCUGUUUGCGACAUUUUUCUUUCUUUAUCCGUCAUCCAAUGUUUUGUGUAAUGAAAUAACACGUUGGUUAGCGAGUAAUUUGGAUCCUAGUGUUCAUAGUCGUAAUUAAGUAACCGCUAGAUUACGAUUAAUUCUAAUAUGGGCGACGAAAGCCACCCGAAAACUCUCUACGUCGGUAAUUUAGACGCGAGUGUCACAGAAGAUUUUCUAUGCGCGUUGUUCGGCCAAAUUGGCGAAGUAAAAGGUUGUAAGAUUAUCCGUGAGCCCGGAAAUGAUCCUUAUGCGUUUCUCGAGUUCACGAAUCACUCGGCAGCGGCUACGGCCCUGGCCGCCAUGAACAAGCGAGUGUUUCUGGACAAGGAGAUGAAGGUUAACUGGGCGACGAGUCCCGGGAACCAGCCCAAGACGGACACUAGCAACCACCACCACAUAUUCGUCGGCGACCUGUCGCCGGAGAUCGAAACGCACAUACUGCGAGAGGCUUUCGCGCCCUUUGGUGAGAUCUCAAACUGCCGGAUAGUCCGCGACCCACAAACGCUCAAAUCUAAAGGGUACGCGUUCGUUUCGUUUGUGAAGAAGGCUGAUGCCGAAGCAGCGAUUCAGGCUAUGAACGGACAGUGGCUAGGGUCGAGGUCCAUACGCACUAACUGGUCGACACGCAAGCCGCCGGCCAAUAGGCCGAGCGAGGGUGCGCCGAGCAGCAAGCGAGCUAAGCAGCCCACAUUUGACGAGGUGUACAACCAGAGCUCACCAACUAACACUACUGUUUACUGCGGGGGCUUCACCAGCAAUGUUAUCACCGAGGAGUUAAUGCAGAAUACAUUCUCACAGUAUGGCCAGAUACAAGAUAUCAGAGUAUUCCGAGACAAAGGCUAUGCGUUUAUUAGGUUCACAGCUAAAGAGGCAGCAGCACAUGCCAUCGAGGGCACACAUAACACGGAGAUUAGUGGACAUGCAGUGAAAUGUUUCUGGGGUAAAGAGAAUGGAGGAACGGGAGAGAGCCAGAGCACACCCAGCACCACAGCAGCUCCUCCCGCUAUGGGCGCGCAGACGCAGGGGUACCCCGGCUACCCGUACCAGCAGCAAGGCAUGGGAUAUUGGUAUGCUCAGGGCUACCCCGCGAUACAGGGCUACAUGGCCCCCGGCUACUACCAGCAAUACGCCACCGCCUAUAGCAAUCCGCAGGCCGCAGCAGCAGCGGGGUACCGCAUGAGCAUGCCGGGCGGCGGCGGCGGCUGGAGCGGGCCGCAGCCCGCCCCGCUCGUGUACCAGGCCGUGCCCUCCGCGCCCUCGUACCCCUCGCAGUAACGUGCCCUGCCGUGCCCCGUGCCCCGUGCCCCGUGCCCACACUGCGACCACUACCGUCCGGAGGCAUUCGCCGGCAACUAUCCUCGUAAGCCCGUGACACCCUCCAGUCGCCAUCAGAUACAUCGGGCCGCCCGGGGUAUUCGCAAAUAUCUGAGCGAAGCCCCUAUUAUCGAGACGUUAAAGUGCAUGUUUUGAUAUUUUUAAGCACCUUGGCCGCUCCGAUAUAUCUGAUGGCGCCUGUACCCUGAAAUUUGAACCGUACGAAAAAUAGUAGCAUUUCUUUUGCUUUGAUAAUUUUUCUGACGAAAUAAUUUCAAAUUAAAGAACUCGGUUUAAGUUUCUCGAGCGUUUUGUGUUGUGGGAAAGGGUAAGGGUAUAUUUUUAGGUCAUUGUUAUCUCAGCAAUUAUUAUAAGUGUAAAAGCGGUAAUAAUGUUAGGACAACGAUGACUUAUAUAAACAGUUGAAGCGCUUCAAAAUUCAUCCAUACAAUUUUGUAGCGCGUAGUGCCUCUAAACAUCUAUACGGUUUGUCGAUGCGUUAUGCUGGUUAUACGGAAAAAUUAUUAGGCUGGAUUUAGCAGAAAUACUCUUUGAGUUUUACCCAUUUACCCACAUAGUAGAUUCAAGACGAUACAUAUGAUAGAUAUCACUACUAUAUCUUUCUUACAAAUAUCUAUGUCCAUAGUUACAAAACUUAAUAUGGCCUUUGAGGGGUCCUUGGCACUUGCACAUUUCUUCAUUCACUUGCUUGAUUUAAAUUCAGUUACCAAAAAUAAGUAAUAAAUAAUGAAGUGCUUUUCAUCGCAACGUAAGUGCCAAUCGCCUGAUCUUUGUCCAAAGAAUGACAGUCGCACAUGCCUUCCCAAUGUCUUCAAACGUACCAGGACGUGUGGCUUAAAAUGUCCUCUUAUGUCUUAAAUCAGCACAAUUUCAAAUGAUAUAUACGUUUUUAAAUUGAUUCUCCAAAUGCAAUUAUUUAUUUGCAAUAAUGUUUACAAAAUGUAAUGAUACCAGUUUGAUUCUCUGUUAAAACGGAAAAUAUGGUACAAGUAUCAGCAGUUUGGGUUUGAAUGAGCAACAAAGAAAUACAAAAAUACAGACUGUUCUAUCAGAAAAAUAUCCGUAUAUAUUGUUUCCAUAUAAACACAUGGUGAUCCGAAAGAGCUAGGUUAAUAUAUCAGUGUAUUGUGUUUAGAUUAUACCAUUCCAUAACAGUUAUUUGUAUAAAAAGUGCAGUAUACCCUUAACAGCAGAAGUUACAUGAACGAAGCAAAAUGAUCUGCACAUACAUUGUAAAGAUACAUGCGGAUAUGCUGUGGGUACAGAUGUAGUGCAUAAUUGUUUUCCAUCGUAUUUUCUCGGAAACGUUCGUAUUUGUCAUGCUACUUCAGUCAACGUCAGUAUUUUUUGUACCGAGACUGACUGAAAUAGCAAGACACCUUCGUACGUUUCCGUGAAAA